AUGUUCGUAAUAUUAAUAUUUAGCUUAGUGUUUGCGGUCAACAAUCUCAGCAGAGAAGACCUCGGAGACUACAAAUGUCAUGUGGAAAAUGCCUCAGACAUAGGUAGCAGAGUAAGGAGCCUGAAGAUCUUCCUGCAAGGCCCUGGAAUAGCAGCAACCAAGGAGAAGAUAAAAAGAACCCAAAAAGUGAUGAGUCUGGUAUGCUACAGUCAUGAAAGCCCCGUGCACGUAGAUGUGCUGUACUUGGAGAAGAUGUGUGGAUAUGUGACUGACUGGACAGUAGAGAAGCAAAUCCUACAUGGCCUGAACACCUUCAGCAAUGCAAAUGGGAAACCUGUCACCGGCCAUACCUGUGUUUCACAAACACAGCAGAGGAAGAUGUUUCCAAGAAAACUUAUUCUUAGAGAAAAAGUGUUCCUGGAAGGGAUGUCAGAUUGUGUUGUAACAGCAAAGCUGCCCAAGAUGAAAGUUUUUGCAGAGGGUUUGGCUGUCCCGACGAUGCACUUCAGAAACCAUACUUUGUAUGAUGACAAAGAUAUGCUGAACAGACUGAAACUUAGUAUCAUCCUCAAAGUGCUCAUCGCUGUUAUCUUAAUAGCCUUCGUAAUAUGCUAUAUAGUGUUUGCUAUAUGCAAAAUUCCCUGCUCGUGCUUGGGCAUCAACAUCCAGAAAAGCGUGCCUGCAGGCCGCAAGCCAGCGUAUGGCCAAACAGCAAAGCUUUUAACUCCAUUUCUGACGGAAAAGAAACCACAGGAAACUUUUGUCUGA